AUUGCCCGACAACAGAUCAUGUUUCGCUUCGUCAAUAUGAUAAAAGAGAAUUGGGAUAGACUCGCUGCUUCCAUCACACUGGAGCAGGGUAAAACAUUUUCAGACGCACGAGGUGAUGUCCUACGCGGGCUACAGGUAGCAGAAGCCGCAUGCGCCGGCCCAGAGUAUAUGAAAGGAGAGAUUUUAGAGGUCGCCAAAGACAUGGAGACUAGAACCUACAGGGAGCCUCUCGGUGUGGUAGCCGCAAUCUGCCCGUUCAACUUUCCCGCCAUGAUACCUCUUUGGUGUAUUCCGAUCGCUACUAUUACUGGAAAUACACUGGUAUUGAAACCUUCCGAGAGAGAUCCCGGUGCUGCCAUGAUCCUUGCCGAAUUAGCCGAAAAGGCCGGGUUCCCAAAAGGCGUUAUUAACAUUGUACACGGCGCGCACGAUACCGUUAAUUUCCUUCUUGACUCCCCCGUUAUCAAAGCCAUAAGUUUCGUCGGAAGUAACAAAGCUGGAGAGUAUAUCUUCACGCGUGGCUCCGCAAAUGGAAAGAGGGUACAGGCAAACUUGGGCGCUAAGAAUCAUGCAUUAAUCAUGCCUGACUGUGACAAAGAAGCGGCCCUGGAUGCUAUCGUCAGUGCUGCCUUUGGAGCUGCGGGACAGCGUUGUAUGGCACUGUCCGUAGCAGUAUUUGUUGGUGAAACCCAAAACUGGCUUGACGAACUAGUACAGAAAGCUAGAACUCUCCGAGUCGAUGCGGGCUUUGAGGAUGGUGCUGAUCUUGGUCCUGUUGUGACACCCGAGAGUAAGGCCAGGAUUGAAUCACUUAUAGCUAGUGCCGAAGUGGAGGGAGCUCAUAUACUUCUUGACGGCCGCGGCUAUAAGCCAGAAAAGUACCCAAAUGGCAACUGGGUUGCCCCAACAAUAAUCACCAACGUCGAAUCAUCUAUGCAGUGCUAUAAGGAGGAGAUCUUCGGCCCGGUACUAGUGUGUGUUGUUGCCGACACUCUCGAGGGAGGUAUCGACCUUAUUAACAAGAAUGAUUAUGGGAAUGGUGCUGCUAUUUUCACAUCCUCGGGCGCUGUCGCAGAGAAGUUCCGGCGAAAUAUCGAAGCGGGUCAAUUGGGCAUAAACGUUCCAAUUCCAGUCCCUCUUCCAAUGUUCUCCUUCACAGGAAACAAGAAGAGCGUAGCUGGAGGGGGGGCUAGUACUUUUUAUGGGAAACCAGGGGUGAACUUUUACACUCAGCUCAAGACUGUCACAUCUAAGUGGUCAAGUGCGAGUAUUGCACCAACCAAGGCAGUGCUGUCGAUGCCAACUGGGUCAUAGAAUAGUCAAGAUGAAAGCAUAAGCAGACUACUAGCGAAUAACAAAACCAGCUUCUUAUGCGUUGU